UUUAUUGACAAAACAUUUGAACACACAGAGCGAGCAGGCAGCGCUUGUCCUUCACUGUUCCUGACUAGCUAGUGUUCCCCUGGAGUUGUUUAACGAAACAGCACAUAAAGGGGAAACAGAAAACGGUGCACGAUGGCCGCAAGGAUCUGGCCUUUAGUGAAACUUGCCACCAAGGUGACUAUAGCAGGGGGAGCUGUGUACGUCGCCUUUGACUCUGGCCUGUUGGGAAGCAGUGAGCAGGGCUCAGAGGCCCUGGAGAAGGCCAAAGCAGCAGUGCCACCCGCCUUAGAAGAAUGGAUGAAGUAUUUUGGUCUGGAGGCUCAGCGUCCGACCAUUCCUAGGAUCGAGUUCUCCCCGGUUAAUUCGUGGAACGCUGGAGUGCGGUGGACGAUUUCUAGCCUUUCAGAUGCCCCGACAAGAGUGUCUGAAUAUACAAGUCAGGGACUGGAGUACAUAAAAGACCUCGUCAAGUGAACAGAACCCCCCUGGGUGACCUCACCUUAUUAAUGUUUGACUUUUGCACUUGAUAAAUGACCGUACUCCUCCAAAAGUUAUGGCCCUUUCCCUCCAGAAAAGAAGACAACAUGAAAGGAAACUGCAAGAAGGGCUGAAUUUUAUUUAAAGUGGCAUAUUGUGGAAGUUGUAAAUAAAGCAGGGAAGCAAAAUGUUAAACUGUCACCAAUGUUUAGUAGAGUUGUAUACCUGUUCUCAACCUGUUCCAAUAAUGUAUCAAAGAGAAUAUCUGGUGUGUGUGUGUAUAUACAAUUUCACUAUUUCCAGGCAAUAACACCAAAUCUAAAACUG